AUGACAGCGAAGCCCCAAGCCGAGGUCAUCCAAGAGUGGGCCGACUUCGACUCAGCAGGAUACACGUUCGAGCGUGGACGCAUGGAAAAGACCGUGCAGUCUCUCUGCUUCGGCGAUAAUGCGGCAACCAUGUCAGCUCAAAUUGCUGCGGGGCCAUCACAGGGCCAGAAACUCAAAAAGGAGGACGUGGAUUUCAUUGUCACAGAACUGCUCGUAUCACGGCAGGUAGCCGAGUCAACACUGGCAAAGCACAAGGGCGAUAUGGAAAACGCGCUGAGCGAGCUCGUCUCUGGGCGAUAG